GGGGAAAAGCACCGUGGCCAAAAACUUCGGGAAAAAUGGAAAAAGUAACAGGCGUAAAGACUUUAUCUAUGCAUCCGCUGGCAAGAUAAGGAGCGACAGCGAUGGUUCUGCAUGUUUUCUCCAUGGAGGGUUUUUCUAACUGACAAUGGUGUCGAAGGAGGAAACAAUGGAGUUUUUCUCGCAAUUCCAUUGAAAGUUUACUCAUGAGAAAGGAGCAAGUCGGGAGUCAUGAGCACAGGUGUGAAGAAGCCUCCAUUAGCUCCCAAACCUAAAAUCCCUGUUACCACCAAACCCUCUCCCCCGCCCAUCGCCCCCAAACCAGGUCCCUUCUCCCAGCCUUCCGUCACCUCUCAACCUUCCCCUGCUACUCUCAAGAGGACAAAACCGGCUGUAGCCCCUAAACCAUGCAUUUCCAAAUCCACAGCUUCCCCUGUUUCACCCCCACUACCCAAACCAAGUGAACCCCUUAUCCUAUCUCAGGAACAGCAGGAAGCUUUAGGCGACAGCCUCUCGCUUCUCAACUCCAGAAAUGGGAUUUUAUCAGAGACGAACAAACGUAACUCGGAUUACAUCAUUUCCACCUGCUCGUGUGGGCUCCAGGACUGUUCCCAGUGCCAGCGUCUGGAAAAUGGAAAUACAACUGAGAAUGGGAGCGAUUUUCACAAAGAGCUGUUGCAGAAUGGGAUUUCUACAGGAGGAUUUACAGAGGCGAGGCCACAAGAGAAGGCAGAAAACCGAGAGGAGGGAGUAGCUGCAGAGAAGGGUGAAGGUGGAGGGAUUGGCAAAAAGCCAAGGGAUAAACCUCAAAGACAGAGACACCUGGAGAGGGGAUUGGUUAACAAUGAGGCACAGAGGACUGAGAAAGCUUCAGAGGCUGCAAAACAUCAGGAUUGUGCUGUUUCUGAGCCUGAUGUUUCAAAAGCGGAUGUACAGACCGAAGCCCAAAACACAGAUUUAACAGACUCAGCCUGGGAUGUUGCAGGCAGCAUCAUUAUCUCCCCAAGUAUUUCUCCUCAUGAGUCUUCUGCAGAAUCCUUUCAGGUAGAACACAGUGAGCCUAUCAGCAAAGCGUCUCCCACCAGGUUACUCCCUGAUCUGCUGGUCCCUGCUGCCCCCAGUAAGCCUCUCCCGGUCCCACACCCACGCAAACUUAAAAAGCCAGCCCUGGUGAGGCAGGAUGGUGUGGAGGGCAGUGCCCAGGAUCAGGUGGCGGAGGAACAAAAACAGGGGCUUGAGGUGCGAGAGGAUGAGGGGAAACUGAGUCUAGCUGGUCUGUCUCUCAGUUCAGACAGCGAGGAGCUCAAACAGGACACAUGUGACCUUUUACACCAAAAAGACUCUGGUUCAGGAGAUGAUGAGAGCGACGCGCCCGUCCCUCCUCCUCGACAGACCUCCCUUUCGCUUCGCCUUCACAGAACUGUCCACAUGCGGCCCUCUCUUAACAAAAGCACCUCCCAUUCCUUAGUCCUGCUCUCACACGCGUACUCCAUGACCCACAACAAAGGGGGCGAAGAGCACCGGGUGGAGGAGGAUGAAGAGGAUGGGUAUGGCGACUUUGAGCGCUACCCGAUCACUCACAGCCUCCCCAAACAGAUCAAACUGGGCUGUCAUCCCCCUCUGGCGAAUGCGAGGAAAGCCUUUUCCGCCGAGGAUCAGCAGUCACCGAGGGCGCCGCCCAGAAAACCUCAGAGACACAGCCUGCCAGCAGCACCCCCUCCACCCUCCUUCUGCCCUCCUGCACCUCCACAUGCCAACACCCCGAUGAGGGAGCUGCCUGCGCCUCCUCAGGAGAAAACAGCAUGGCGCUUCACCCGACCCUGCGUGACCUUCUUCAGCCGGCAGAUACCCAGCAGGAGCAGUGUGCCGCCAAAGAGCCGAGCUCCAGCGCUGGGGGGCAAGCAGAGGGCGCAGUCUUUUUCUGCAGCUGACCUGGCAACCCGGUCGGACUCUCAUAAGAGGAGCCUCUCUUUCCGGAAACUGCUGGAGCUCCGGCUGUCUGUCAAGAUGCUGCCAAAGCUGCUGGCCAAGGGAGGGCAGUCUUUGGACUGUACCAGCGUGGAGUCAAACCGGGGGGGGAAAAGCCUUGAGCGGCCAAAUAGCUGCAUAGUGGAGGCUGAUAUUUGUGAAAAUGGAGAGGAAUCAGUGGAGUAUGAGAACGUUCCUCUGUAUGAGGAGAUCCCAGAGUACAUGAACCUGCCGUUUCACAGUGCGAGGCUGGGCUGGCCUCAUGACCCCGAUGGAGCAGAUUCAGAACUCUAUGAAGUGCAGGAUCCCUAUCACAGGGGCCACGACCAUGAAUACGAGAGUGGCUGGCUGGGGCAGGACGUCCACUCUGAGGAGGAGGAGAUCCACAGUUCUGAUGAAGAGGACGGCAGCUCCACCUCUAGCAAGGAGCACCUGGACGUGGCAGACCGACAGCAAGAGGAUGAGAUGAAGAGGAAGAAGGUGGUGCACAUCGCCCAGGAGAUUAUGAGCUCCGAGAAAGUGUUUGUGGAUGUCCUGAAGCUUCUUCACAUAGAUUUUCGGGAUGCUGUCGCCAAGGCAACCCGUCAAAAUGGGAAGCCGGUGGUGGACGACCGUAUCCUCAGCCAGAUCCUGUAUUACCUGCCUCAACUCUACCAGCUGAACAGAGACCUGCUGAGGGAGCUGGAGGAGAGAGUGGCACACUGGAGCGAUCACCAGAGACUGUCCGACAUCUUCGUGCAGAAGGGUCCUUACCUGAAGAUGUACUCCACCUACAUCAGACAGUUUGACAACAACGUGGCUCUGUUGGACGAACAGUGCAGGAAAAACACCGCGUUUGCUGCUGUUGUCAAAGAGUUUGAGAUGAGUCCAAGAUGUGCCAGCCUGGCUCUGAAACACUACCUGCUGAAACCAGUGCAGAGGAUCCCCCAGUACCAGCUGCUGCUCACAGAUUAUCUGAAGAACCUUCCAGAGGACUCUGAGGAUUAUAAAGACACUCAAGCGGCCCUCAGCAUCGUGAAAGAAGUGGCCAACCACGCUAAUGACAUUAUGAAACAAGGGGAUAACUUUCAGAAGCUGAUGCAGAUUCAGUACAGCCUCAACGGUCACCAUGAGAUCGUUCAGCCAGGAAGGGUAUUUCUGAAGGAAGGCACUCUAAUGAAGCUUUCCAGGAAAGUGAUGCAGCCUCGAGUUUUCUUUUUGUUUAAUGAUGCGCUCAUGUACACCACGCCGGUCCAGUCUGGCCAGUACAAACUCAACAGUGUCCUCUCUCUGGCCGGGAUGAAGGUGAGUAAACCGAGCCAGGAGGCCUAUCAGAACGAGCUGAACAUUGAAAGCGUUGAACGCUCUUUCAUCCUGUCUGCCAGCUCCGCCACAGAAAGAGACGAGUGGCUGGAGGCCAUCGCGAAGGCCAUAGACGACUACACCAAGAAGAAAAUAACAUUCAUAUCAAGUCGAAGUCAGGAGGAGGCCGAGUGUGUUGUUGACACCGGGGCCCCGUUGGGUUCAAAGGCUCCCAUCUGGAUCCCCGACCUGAGGGCCACCAUGUGCAUGAUGUGCACCUGCGAGUUCACCCUCACCUGGAGGAGGCAUCACUGUCGCGCCUGUGGCAGGGUGGUGUGUCAGGCGUGCUCUGCCAACAAGUACUACCUGGAGUACUUGAAGAACCAGCCGGCACGUGUGUGUGAUCACUGCUUUGCCAAACUGCAGGAGAACAGUGACCGCUGUGCAUCAACAUCAGUUUCUCCAAUCAAACCUGGAGCUUUCUCCUUCACUAGGAAACAGAAGAAGAUCCCCGCUGCACUGAAAGAGGUGUCCGCAAACACUGAGAAUUCCUCCAUGAGCGGCUACUUAAACAGGUCAAAGGGCAACAAGAAGCAGUGGAAGAGGCUGUGGUUUGUCAUUAAGAAUAAAGUCCUGUACACCUACGCUGCCAGCGAGGAUGUUGCAGCGUUGGAGAGUCAGCCGUUGCUCGGUUUUUUCCUGAGGGAGGAGAAGAACGGACCGGCUCAGAAGCUGCAGUUCAAGCUGUAUCACAAAAAUACGCUGUUUUACAUCUUUAAAGCUGACGACAUCCCCACCGCCCAGAGAUGGAUCGAAGCCUUCCAAGAGGCAAUGAUUCUUGAACAGUAAUUUGGUUUUGCAGCAGUGAAGUCGCAUCGCAGCCCCGGAGCCAGUUGAUAGAAAACUUACGACCCCUGAUUGAUAUGAGGUCAGGGGUCACCAGCUCAGGAAAGACUCCGGAUGGACUGUUAGAUUUAAUCAGAACCUCACUGCAGAACGCCACAUUACUGUCCGUGGGGGGAAGCCGGGCUGCUUUUCCCUCAAAGACCUGGAUUCUGUUUCUCUAAACAGUAUUGUCCACCAACAACAGCUCCUCAGCGGAGGUCAGAGCUACUAGUUUGUCACAGCUGGGGGUCAAAGGUCAAGUCCAGAAGCACGUCUGUGGAAGUGAGACAGAACAGCAGUCAGGAAUAUUUAAAGGAAGUCGGGGGAUUAUUUUUUAAACUGCAAAAGGAUGAAGGAAUUACUUCUUUGUGUGAAACAAAAUAUACAAAACCGCCUUCAUUCAAGCGUGUUCACAUUGGCUACACUUAGUAGUUUCAAACCUAGCGUGUCAUUUUGUUAAAGGGAUACUUAAAGUGGGGUUGUACGAGGUUACUUACAGUUAAUGACGGGCAACACGCCCACAGUUUAGAGAAACAGACAGGAGUUACAGCACAGGAGCAAAACAGAAACAUGUACGUUAUAUUUAGAAUACUUUCACCACUUUAAAGAGCUAUCUGACAGCAAAGUAAAGCGGUCUAAAUACGUGACUAAAAUACGUUUUGUUCGUACGCUUUGCUUCUGUGCUGUAACUCCUAUUUGUUCUAGACUGGGCCUACCGACAGCCCACAUGGACUGAAUAUGGAUAGAUGCGUCACACUACCCCAAAAUAUCCCAACUAUCCCUUUAAGGCAAAAUCUAAAGAUAGAAUUUUAAAUAAAACACACACACAUUAUAAAAUAUUCAAAAUGGUAGGAUGGUUCAUCUGAAUCAUGAAUGAAAAGUAUCGCCGAUGUCCGUCAAGAGUUUAAAGAUGUAACAAGGUGGGAUUUUACUGUGAAAAUCCGACUUCUACAAAGAAACAGGAAGUUGAUAUUCUGCUCUUUAGGUUAAUCUCUCUGGUUAAGAGGUUUUACUCCUGCAUUUUUAAAUUUAACAUACAAAACAUUUAAGUGAUUAAAGAAACAACGUCCUGGAGAGAACUGGAAAUGUCAUGACUAAUGUAGAUAUUUUUCAUACGAUUUUUAAAAUGUAUUUUUGCCUGUUCAACCACAUUAGAAAUGGUUAAUGGCUAAAACUGUGUAUAUGGACAUGAAAGAGCAACAUUGACCUUUUUUAUAUCAAAGCCAAGAGCUAAUAUUUAUAAAAUAGGAAGAUUUAUUGUUUGAAAAGCACAGGCUGCCGCUUAUUUUGGGAGUCAGGGUUUGUUAGGAAAUAUGUUUCCAUCAGUUAUUCUUUUACAUUUUAAAAGAGAACUUCUUAGAAAAAAGGGUCAUUUUUAUGGGCAAAUACUGUGGAAAGUAUGCAUGAACUAUAUUUCUAAGGAAAUGCUCAAAAGGAAGAAAACAUUUAGAAUUUUGAUGCUUGUUUUUGCAGACAUUGUGCCUUAUAUCUCCUGUUUUGAGAUGAAUUGCAAUAAUAUAGGUGCUCUGUUUGACAUUCUUCACUAAAUAAGGACAAAUUUAUGCAUCCAGUUUGCAUGACUACUCACUUUCUAGCCAGGGUACUCGAGGUUUGUAGUUUUAAAGCAGUAAUUUAUCAGGUCUGUUUCUUCUUGGUUAGGCUGCCAUAUGUUGCACUACCCCAUUAUUUCACAGUGGGAGAAACACAAAUCCUGAUUUUAUUUUUUAGUGAAGGAAUAAAACGGUUAAUUCUGUCAUUGUUACUCUUUGGCUGCUGUCGUCAUACAAUUUCAUGUGUGCCUCGUUCAGAUUUGUGUUAGUGAGGUAUACAUUUGCUAGUCAGGAGCCACCAAGCAUGCAUUACUUCAUGAUUGUACAUUAACAGUGACCAUGUGUAAACAUCUACUCUAUCAGAGUUAGAGUCUCUUAUAAACAAUGAUUUUAAACUGUCAGGCAACAGUUUUUAAUAAAUAAAUAUAUAAAUAUAUUGUC